AGUUCACUAGCUGCUAGACGUCAGCUGCUUGAUAAUCAGCCAGAGCUUUCCACAGUUAGUUUGCGGUUGGUUUCUUGCAUCAAGGGCAGCUUAGCUAGAUCGAUGGCGCCUAAUGGUGACGCGGCGGUGGCGGCGGCGGCGGAGGCGGUGCCGAUGGGGCGGCCGAGGCAGCAGCCGAAGCCGCGGAGGAUCUCGAUGGAGGGGCUCCAGCGCGCCAUGUCCGACCUGGCCCUGGAGUUCACCAAGAAGGCGGCCGUGUUGGACGCGGCGGCCAGGCUGCCGGCGGUGUCGGAGCAGGUGGACGACGCGCGCUGCGAGUGCUGCGGCAUGACGGAGGAGUGCUCGGCCGAGUACGUGCGGCGCGUGCGGGAGCGGUACUGCGGGCAGUGGGUGUGCGGGCUGUGCGCGGCGGCGGUGACCGACGAGGCGGACAGGAGCCGGAGCACGACGGAGGAGGCGCUGGCCGCGCACAUCGCCGUGUGCGGGCGGUUCAACCGCCUGGGGCGCGCCAACCCGGUGCUCAUGCAGACGGAGGCCAUGAGGGAGAUCUUCAGAAAGAGGGGCAAGUCCAACAGCCCCAGGGACAGCGCGCGUGCCGGUGGCCUCUCCAGGAGUUCCAGCUGCAUGUCUGCCAUCACCAAGGACCUCAACUGUGCCAUGAAAAAAUAGUCAAAGGAGUAUCCGACCUCCUUUUCGCCUGGCUGUGUGCAGGCCAACGCAAGAGGAUCGUGAAAGCUACGUAUAUCUCAUAAAGCUAUGUAUGUACAUACAGCUCAAGCUCAGUGUGGAAUCAUCAGUGCUAUAUGCUGCAUGAUAUUAGUAUAAGUUUUAGUUAAACAAAGAAGAAGAAAAAAAAAUCAGUACUAGUUCAGGACGAACGAAAAUUGUCUACGUGUAGAGCCUUUCGGCCUGUUUUUUUUUUCUUUUCGUUUCUAUGCUCGGCUUGGUGUCUACUACGAUGCAUGUAUAUAUAUACCACCCUGUCUUUGUUUUAGGGUACCAUGUGUUAGAGUAGUCAUUAUGGUAUACGACUUCUAGUUCAAGUCA